AUGGUAAUUUGGUAUGACAUUUUAUUUGCUAUUAACAUUGUGAGUAAAAAGUUGCAAUCUAAAUCCAUGAGUAUUGGAGUUGUCAUGAACGAAGUGCAAGGUAUGACAACAUAUUUUGAGAAAUAUAGAAUUCAAGGGUUUGAAUCUAGUUUAAAUACUGUCAAAAUCCUUGCACUUGAUAUGGAUAUAGAGCCAACAUUUCCAAUAAAGUGUCGCAUCACUAGAAAAAGACAAUCUGAUGAGAAUGAGAAUGACGUUAAUGAUGAGGAAAUACAAUCAGCCAAGGAAUCUUUUAGAGUCAAUUAUUUUUUGGUGGUUGUUGAUAUUGCAAUAGCUUCUUUGAAAGAUAGAUUUGAGCAAUUGGAGGUAUUUGAUAACAUUUUUGAUGAUCUUUUUUCUAAAUUGAAAGUGUUACAAAUGACUUUGCCAAAUGAUUUGAUGUCAGCAUUUGAAAUCCUUGAGUUUGUCAAAGAUGCUAAUUGUUAUCCAAAUGUUUCUAUUGCCUAUCGAAUCCUAUUAACUAUGCCGGUGACAGUUGCAUCUGCUAUAAGAAGUUUUUCGAAGUUAAAAUUACUAAAGACCUACUUGAGAUCUUCAAUGUCACAAGAAAGGUUGAAUGGUCUAGCUACUUUAUGUAUUUAG